CAAGAAGCAGGGCUCGCAGGGGACCUAUGGCCGCCCGCCGGAGGUGGGCUAUCCCGGCCCCUUUCCAGCCCCAACUGGGUUUGUUAAAGCGAUAGGCCCCUUGGCGAGGCUGCGCUCCACCGGGUACCGCACGGCUGCAGUGGCGGCCUCAGCUUGCUGCUGGCGCCUGUGACAGCGGCGCCGCUGUGCUCGCAACCCCGGCUCCAAGCCUCUGUCGACCUCCGGGGCGGGGACGCGUCGCCGGGCGGGAUGGGCGGCGAGGCGGGGUGUGCGGCGGCUGUGGGCGGCGAGGGCCGCGUGAAGAGCCUGGGUCUGGUGUUCGAGGACGAACGCAAGGGCUGCUACUCGAGCGGCGAGACGGUGGCCGGGCACGUGCUGCUAGAGGCGACCGAGCCGGUGGCCCUGCGCGCGCUGCGACUGGAGGCCCACGGCCGCGCCACCGCCGCCUGGGGCCCUAGUACCUGUCCCCGCGCCUCGGCCAGUGCCGCGGCCCUGGCUGUCUCUUCCGAGGUGGAGUACCUGAAUGUGCGCCUCAGCCUGCGGGAGCCCCCGGCCGGUGAAGGCAUCAUUUUAUUACAGCCUGGAAAACAUGAAUUUCCAUUUCGCUUUCAACUUCCAUCUGAACCUCUGGUCACCUCAUUUACUGGGAAAUACGGAAGCAUUCAGUACUGUGUGCGGGCAGUGUUGGAACGACCCAAGGUACCUGAUCAGAGUGUAAAGCGGGACCUCCAGGUCGUAAGUCAUGUUGAUGUCAACACACCAGCAUUAUUAACCCCUGUAUUGAAAACUCAAGAGAAAAUGGUUGGCUGUUGGUUUUUCACUUCUGGUCCAGUCUCGCUGAGUGCCAAAAUUGAAAGAAAGGGAUACUGUAAUGGAGAAGCUAUUCCAAUCUAUGCAGAAAUAGAGAAUUGUUCCUCUCGUCUGAUUGUUCCAAAGGCUGCUAUUUUCCAAACCCAGACAUACUUGGCUAGUGGAAAAACAAAGACCAUCCGACACAUGGUCGCCAAUGUGCGGGGAAACCACAUCGCUUCUGGGAGCACGGACACAUGGAAUGGGAAGACUCUAAAAAUUCCACCUGUUACUCCAUCCAUCCUGGAUUGCUGCAUUAUCAGAGUGGACUAUUCCUUAGCUGUGUACAUUCAUAUUCCUGGUGCUAAAAAAUUGAUGCUGGAACUGCCAUUAGUGAUUGGUACAAUUCCAUAUAAUGGUUUUGGCAGCAGAAACUCCAGCGUUGCCAGUCAGUUCAGUAUGGAUAUGAGCUGGUUGACACUGACCCUGCCAGAACAGCCUGAAGCACCACCAAAUUAUGCAGAUGUGGUAUCAGAGGAAGAAUUCUCUAGACACAUUCCUCCUUACCCUCAACCCCCUAACUGUGAGGGAGAAGUGUGCUGUCCUAUGUUUGCCUGCAUACAAGAAUUCCGAUUUCAACCCCCACCUCUUUAUUCGGAGGUUGAUCCACACCCUAACGAUGUAGAAGAGACCCAGCCUGUUUCCUUCAUUCUCUGAACAUAUUUCAGAAAUCACUGUGUUCAUCAUCAAAUUAGAAUGUUGAUUCUUUUCCUUCUGCCUUUUUGGGAAAGAGAGAGGAAAGAUUAACUUAAGAACAUAAAUGAACAUCAAGACUGAAGGCAAUAGAAAUCAAAGAAUGUGAGAAAUUUCUAGUGGGCCGACAGGAUUGCUGCACAAGUUUAUAUGAUGGUCUGUAUCCCUGUUAAAAAGACAGGAUGAAGAUGUGCAAAGUCUCAGAAUGUAAUGCAAGUCCUGAUGGUUAUACAGUAAGUGAAAGGGUGCCUGUGCUGACCAGAGAAGGGAAUCUGUAAACAGUGGAAACACUGUGGGAAUUUCCCGUGGUGUUUUAGAGUGGAAUGAAGGCGAUAUGAACUGAAGGAGUAAAGACUUGAUUUUGGAGAAGGUAACAAAACACGGGUGUGCAUGAAUAGAAAAAUGGCCCACUCCAAAUACGAAGUGAGACCCUGACGUUUUCAGGUCUUUCUUCAUGAUUUCUUACCGUGUUCAGGCCUAAAGUCAUUGAAAGUAUCUUUUCCUGAGAUCAUGGUCAUAUGAGGUCCUAACGAAGAUGUACAAUUUUCAUUCUUUCAAUGGUAGACUAAAAUGCAGUUUAUAAAUUGGCAGCACAGUAUUAUGAAACCAAGGAAGGGUUUCUUGAAAAGCUUGUCAGUUCAGAGGGGAAAGAUGAAUUUCAGUGUGAAGACACGUUUUGUGGAAGGCUGUACUUUUUACCCCCUUUAAGUACUUUAACAGGGUAUAUGUUUAAUUUUUUUCCUAUCUUAUUCACCUAGGAGCAUGUCAGAGAAAGAAGGGAGAGGAAAAAGUUGCAUCAGCAGGAUGCCUUCAUAACUACACAGUCCAAAAGAAAAGGCCUUUUUCUAACCUACCUCUACUGGGGUUAUGAGACAUGUUUUAAAUCUCCUGGCCUAAGUACCCUUCUUUGGGGUUGCUGUCUAUAGCAGCAGUCUCAUCUCAUCUAUCCCUAAAUCUGAACCUGGUCCAAGGGGAAAAUUCAGAAGGUUAGCAUUAAAUGGAAGUAACAUUAUGUAUACCUAAGGGAAUGUCAAAUACCAAACCAAAAGACGGUAGGAGUCUAUUUCUUAAAAAGAUGCAACUUUCAUUCCUAUCUAGAGACUUAGGUUUACUGAUGGCAGUCGCUGCAUUUGUACAUUAUUCCAGUUCUUCAGUAAUUCUGUUUAAACUGUGAUUUUCUUUAUUAUGUUGGUGCAAUAUUUUAUUAUCAUUUAACCUCAGGAUAUUCAGACCAACAGGAUUGUGUUGCUGCUAAAAGUCUGAGCAGUGUUUUACUGUCCCCAACUCACUUCCUACAUGGUCACAUGUUCACUUGCUUUUCCUUCCAUCUGUUGGUUUUGUGAGCUGAGAACAUUUCUGGACACGUGGAAGGGAGCCAGGGAUUCCUGUGAUAGAGAUUUUGGACCAGCAGAGGACUUCAGUUUUCUUCAUGUCCUAAGGGUUUGAUCUAGAAACCCUGGUGCUUCCCCUGCGGAAUACUGUACUUCAUUCAACAGAAUGAUUGAUUUUUCUUUCAAUCAACAUGUUCGCCAAAAAUAGAGAAGUUUUUCUAAGGUUAAAUUUUGUAUUUAAGUUCGGCCAUUGGAUCAGGGAAUUUUCUACAAAUAUUAGGUAAAUGUAUGCUUUUCACCCUCUGGGCAUACCUCUCUUCUCUGUAAUCGUGGAAGCAUCAUCAUGCAUAGUUCUUUCAUUGUAAGCCACGGUUUAAAAUCAUAGUGCAAAACGGUUAGACCAGUAAUUGUGCUACUGAAAUUGUAACAAAAAAUGUUAUUCCUUGAUUUGGUUUUUAAAUUUUGCUUUGUCUUAUGUGUCUCUUUAAGUAGAUAUGUGUAUUUAAGUGUUGUCUAAACAGUUUUAUUUUUACUUUAGAAAAGAUCAUCUUCAACUGUUUAUUGACUUCUAAAUUGUAGUUCAUGCCUUGUCGAGGCAUUGUUUGACUCCAUGAUACUAAAACAUAAUGAAAGAAACAAACCCAUUAUGGAGAGAGAGAAAGUUUAAUUAUUUGGCUCCAUAUAGAAAAGCAGCUACUUAAUGGAAUCCUUCACUAGGAUUGUUCUGUCACCUUUUUUAGUUAAACCAUGAAAUGUCCCUGUAAACUGAAGUUAAACUAACUUUGUAGGACUUAACAGAAUAGCUAAAUGGUGUGACUUGCCUUAUUGAACUGAUACUGGCAUACCUGACCUUAAGCAUUAGGUUAAAGAUACCAUUUUAUGAAUAUGAAAAAUUCUACAUCAAAACAGAAAAUAUCUGGGAAUGAAGAUUACAAAUUUAGCUGCUGUUAUUUGCCUGUUUAUUCCCUUCUUGCUCUUGUUUAGUUUACAAAAACAAAAAUGUGGCCUUGGAAUUUUCAUUUUAAUGCAGAAAUUUUGAAAUUGAAAAUGUGCAUUUUUUGGUGCACAAAAUCCUUCUGUGGGCAAAACUUUUUAUGUCUUUGUUUUGCACAAUAGGAAAAAUAGGCAGGAGUUAUGUUUUUGAUAAGUUAACUACAAAAGCUUUUUUAUUUUUAUUAUUAAAAAUGUAACAAUUUAACCCACAGGAAAAAAAAAAUAGAUUGUAUUUUGUACACUUGUUUGAACCCCGUGGGUUCCUUUUAUUAAUAAAAUUAUUACACUAAUGCUA